CCGAAAUGGGCAGGGCUUAAUUUCGAGGCCUUGAAGCAUAAAUAAUUAGCUAUCAAUCAUUCACCUAAUUUCCUGAACUAUGAUUGGUUCGCCCGCUGAUCAACAAAUUCACUCUUGAGUUAAAAUGGCGGCCCAUGUGAGAAGUUCGAAAGUAAGGGAGAGAGGGUUUUACGCUUCCCUCAACAAAGUAUCGACCGCGGAUAUGCUUCCUGUUGCUAGAGGACGAAAGAUCAAAGGACGAGGGCGUCUGUGGAAGGUUGAAAGACUUAUUGCUAAGAAAACAAGCGGUACGGAGUCUACAGAAUACUUGGUGUUGUGGAAGGGGUAUUCUCCCUUCGAAUCUACUUGGGAACCCGAGGAGCACAUUUCUCUCGAUUGUGUCCGGUACUUUGAGAGUCCAGUCAUUGAGGAUUCAGUUGUGUUUGGUGAAGUUGCUCUGCUCAGAGUUGCUGUGGAACAACAGCUCAAAUCGAAAUCUAGGUUGCCAUGCACAAUAUCUUUUAGAGGAGAUGUGUACAGGUUACUUCUUCAGAGCAGAGGAACCUUCCAAGAUGGGUGGCAUCUCCUUCAGGAAACAGAUUUUCCUGCAAGGUAUUUCCCGAAAUUUUGGGAUCACCUUGCAGACUCGCAUGGUCAGGGGAUAAAAGUUAGGUACCCCAUGAAGGUGAGACAUUUUAUCUCCUGGUCACCUAAGAAAUAUAGCGUUGAAGGAGAUCACCACCCAUCACCAAGAGCUUUCCAGGAGAAAUUUACCUUUUCAUUUGUAAAGGUUGCUCUUGGUGAUAACUCUUAAUAAUUAUGUACAGCUGUGACACCUACUAUUGACAUUGUAAACAGUCUUCUUCCAUUACAAAAUUAUGGAUGUGCUUUGUGGUAUUUAAAUUUUUAAUCGUAAUAUUUUUUUCAAUAAACUUCUGGAACAAA